AUCUCAUAUUGAAUGGUCCUUUACCUGCAUACUCUUCAAUCUUCAGUAGCUGUUCUGGCUUUAUAUCUUUCCUAAUCCACUCCCAUCUGCCUCCAGUAAUGAUGAAACAGCUUUUUCCCAGACCUGCAUUGUUCCAUGGUGUCUCUCAUUGCUGGAAGACAUGCAGGGGUGUCCAGCCUGCAGCCCGUGGUGCCAUGCAGCCCAGGAUGGCUGUGAAUGUGGCCUAACGCAUAAUUGUUCCACUUGUCAAAUGUGUGACCAUUCCGAUAAGUCACCAGAGGAGGGAAGAGAGAAAGAAAGAAAGAAAAUUACAACUGUAAAUAGACUCUGAACAUAGAAAGAUCAAAAUAGACAGCCUCUGGCUUCACUGGAUGAGUCACUGUUGCAGCUGAGACCUCAAAAACAAGCGUGGCUUCUCUACUUAGUAGCCGUCUUCCUGUCUGGAAAGGAAACACAGCUCUGAUGGGAGAUAUUGGCCACUUUACAGACUUCAAAACAACUGAACAGACAAGAUGGGGAAAAGGCCAAAGAAAUGUCAACAAUUGGGAGUUAUGAAGGAUUUCAGCCUGUGUCUCUGAAGCAAGAGGGAGAUGACCAACCCUUAGAGACUGAGCGACUGUCCAUGGAGGAGGGGGACCCAGGCAAGGAACCAGCGCCAAAGCAGAUGUCAAGGCAACCAAGUGUGACCAAAUCAACACUCUACCCCAACCCUUAUCACAGGCCUUAUAUCACACGGAAGUACUUCGUUACACGGCCGGGGGCCAUUGAGACUGCCAUGGAAGACUUGAAAGAUCACAUAAGCAAGACUUCUGGAGAGAAAAUUCAAGGCUUCUGGCUCUUGACAGUGAUAGAUCACUGGAACAAUGAGAAGGAGAGGAUUUUGGUGGUCACAAACAAGACUCUCUUGAUCUGCAAAUAUGACUUCAUCAUGCUCAGCUGUGUGCAGUUGCAGCAAAUUCCCCUGAGUGCUAUCUAUCGCAUCUGCCUGGGCAAGUUUGCCUUCCCUGGGAUGUCCCUGGACAAGAGACAAGGAGAAGGACUUAGGAUCUACUGGGGGAGUCUGGAGCAGCAAUCUCUAUUGUCCCGUUGGAACCCAUGGUCUACUGAGGUACCUUAUGCUACAUUCACUGAGCAUCCCGUGAGAUAUACCAGUGAGAAGUUCCUUGAACUUUGCAAGUUGUCCGGGUUCAUGUCUAAGCUUGUGCCAGCUAUCCAGAAUGCCCUCAAGAAUUCAAGUGGAUCUGAAAGAGCAAAGGAACUGAUAGUGUUAAAUGAACCCAUUUUGAUUGAGACCUACAUGGGACUGAUGUCAUUCAUUGGAAACCGCAACAAACUUGGCUAUUCUCUUGCCCGUGGGAGUAUUGGUUUUUGAGACUCUGAUGUAUAAGUAUGUCAUCCAUACAUAUAUCAUAAUUGAAGAUUCUAGUUUGGCUCACUGUCAUUUUGGACUGAAAUAAUUAAUGUCUUUUAAAUAGUAUUAUAUGAUUUUGAAUAUUUAGUACAUUAGGAAAUCUAGAAGCUUGAUUAGACUGAUAAAUGUACACUUUAGACCUUAUAUAGUGAUAAUGAGAUUUCCCAAAAUGAGAAAAUAAAUUCUCCUAAGCCCAUUAAAUAAUGUUAUCAAAUGGAUACCUGAUCAUAAACUUAAGAUGGACUCUAGGUUCUUGUUACUCUUUCCUAUAAACUUAGGCAUUUUUCAGGUCUUGGUCUUUGGCCCUCUGAUCCUGAUUUUCUUUCUCAUUGGGGUCUCACUAUUAUUUUAGCUACCCUUCUUAUAAGAAUGACUUCCAAAUCCAUAUUUGCAUCCCUGAUAUUUCUUCAAGAUUUAAUUUUUCAUUUGUGUCUGCUGAUCAUCUAUAUCAGUGUUCAAAUGGCCUCUCACAUUUAGCAUCUUCAAAUUCCUGGAUUUCUCUGUGUCAUUGUUAUAGUUCCAGUUAAAUUCCAUGCAAAAUCCAUUCCAUAUAGUAUCUGUAUUAGUCUAUUUGGGCUGCUGUAACAAAAUACCACAAAUUGGGCAGCUUAUGUAUAACUGAAAUGUAUUUGUCACAGUUCAGGAGGCUGGAACUCUGAGAUAAGGGUGCCAGCAUGGUCAGGUAAGGGCAUUCUUCUGAAGUCACAGACUUCUUAUUAUAUCCUCACAUGAUAAAAUGUUCUCUUGCGCUUCUUUUAGAAGGGCAUUAACCUCAUCCAUGAGGGCUCUGUUCUCAUGACCUAAUCACUGCCUUCAGGCUCAACACUGGGCUUUAGGAUUUCAACAUAUGAAACUUCAGGCAGACACAACACCCAGACCAUAGCAGUACCAUAUCUGUAUGUGGCUUAGCAUUAUACCUGAAUGCCCAGAUGUCAAACUGUUGAGUCUUCUUUCAAAAGUGUUCGUAUUCUCCUCCUCCUUUCCAUUCUCACAGGUAUAUUAUUAGAUAAACUUGGAGGAUGAUCCUAGCAUAUCUCUUUUUUUAAAGGUUGCAGCCUUUCAAUUGGGAUUCUCAUUCCAAAGGCUGGCCUUCUUCUGAUCCAUUCUGCUCUUGGUUGUCAGAUUCCUAAAGCACAAUUUGAUCAUAUCACUUCCUGCUCAAGAAUUUUAAUGGCUCAUUUUUGUUUGCAGUUUUUUCUUCAUACACACACAGCAAAAUAGCAGGUCCUUUCUUUCUAAUGGAUACCCAGCAUGUUAAACAGAUAGAAGUAGGGCCACAAGGAUUGAGGGAGUAGCAGGAAUGCCACUGGAGGGGCUCCCUGGAGAACGUCUGUGGAUCCCAAAGGGUUUUGAGGUGUGCCCUAACUCUUCUGUUUUCCAUUGCUCGUUUUUCUUUCAUUUACUCUUUGUCUCUCCUUAUGUCUAAUUUUGAACAAUCUGGCAGAUUAUCCUUAUCUUUUCUCAACUUUUCAAGGUUCUUGUCUUUUUUAAAUUUUUCAAUUUUAUUUUAAUUUAUUUUGAAAAUCAUUUAAAAAUGUUGAACACCAUAAAUAUUAUUAUAACCAACUUCUGCCCUGUCCCAAGACUCAAAGCUGAGACAUCUUGUUAGGCAUUCAAAUAAAAAUUUUCAGGUAAUUGUUUUUGCUUAUGUGGCAUCUAUUUUUUGAAGUUCUACCUUGAAAAACUUACUUCCUCAAUUCCUAAGAUUUGUCCUCUAAUACAAUCAUAAACAUCAAUUUGAUGUAGGCAUUCAAAACCCAAGUCUUGAAUAAACCUCAUUCCAUUUUGUCUUUGUUUACUUCCCUUAAUAUUUCCCUCCCUCUCUUUUCCCUUCCCAGCACCCACUUCCCCCCACCCCAUGAUGGCAAAUAUUGUUACAGUCCCCAAGGCAGGGAACUUCUAUUCAGACUGUAAAAGGAAAUGUUGAAAUUUUUAGCUGCCCUGUCAACAGUAGUGGAAUGAAAAGUCGUUGGAUUAUUUUGGCAAUGGUUCUAAAGUAGACAUAAUUGGCAAAUCAUUAUAGCACUGUUGCCUGAAAAUCCCCAUUUGCCUCAAGAUAGUAGCAUUUGUUGGCAGCAUCCUCUGAAAUGUCCAGCCCUUUCUUUUCAGUUACCAUUUAAGGACCAGCCUGACAAUUGACUUCUCUCUGCACAUUUGUCCUCUUUGUAACUUAAAUGGGACUGUUAUCAAAUGACUGUCUAAAUGACACAUUAUAGCAUCAUCAAUGGAAUAAAAUCAGGAAAAUGAGAGAAGGUAGAUGUUUCUGAGUCUUGAGGUCCAGCCUAUAACAAUAUAGAAUAAGCAUUUAAUCUCACCAAAGCUAUUUAGCAUGGAGAACUCAGAGAUGACACUAGAACUGUCUUCAGAUUUCACAAAGACUCACCUGUGGGAUAUGUCAUAAAGUAAUAUAUGGGGUAUACAAGGUAGGGUUAUGAUCAGAGGAUGAGAGUAUACAGAAAUUUGGAUGGUAAUUUAAGAUAACAAUAUACUUCUUACAGUUAGAAAUACCCCCAAAAAUAGAACUGCCAUCUUCUUUACCUGAUUUUUGUGCCAUUCAGGAAUUCCCAAUAGAAAAUCCCAGGGAGUCUCCUUUCAGAAACUGCUUGAACAUCUCUAUUGACAGAUAACCCAUAGUCUUCUAAUACAUCUUGGGAAGCUCUGAUAAUUAGAAAGUCUUCCUUCUGUUUACUUAUACCUGUAAUGGUCAUCUGCCAUCUUUUAUUUGAAAACAUUCUUAUGCUUCAGUAGAUUCAGCUUGGAUUUUCAUUUCAGGAUGUAGGGUGUUUGGGUACAGAGUGAAGGCUGAUUGAUUCUCUACCAUUUACAAUAUACUGUGUGGUCAACAAUCACCAUGCCUGACCUCUCAAUGAACAAUAAUAAUUUGGCCUCAGCAAUAAUUUGGCUUCAGUGAGAGGCCAAAUGCCAGGCCCCUUUGGAGGCCUGGUAUUUGGCUAGCCUCAACAGCAGAAAAGAAAGGACAACUUAUAAGUUUGGGAUCUUUUACAGUACAUUGAGGCCCAUUCUCAUUGUACCCUUGCUGAACCACCACUAAGAAAUCCAAUUUACAGAGAUAGGAACCACCUAAUCCAAAGCUUUCAUUUCACAGAGUAAAGGCCUAGAGACUGGAAGGAAAUUACUCAAAAAGUGGAUGGUAAAUUUUUGGCAACACUGGGAUUACAUUCUAAAGCUUCCAAUUUCCUAUUUCUGGUCCACUACUCUUCCCAUUUAUCUUCAUUCCCAUGGAAAGUCAUGUCAUGUAAACCCGUGUAUCAUAGUUGCUGAGUUAAUUCUAAAGUGAAAAAAAUAGGUCACUGUUGUUUAGAGGGAAUUUCCAGAAAUUGCCUGUAUUUUUUUGAAGGUUAAGGUCACUACUAGAGCUCUCUGAUUUCCUCUCUAAUCAAAAAGCCCAAACAGAGCGGCGGAAGCCAGCAUAGCCAGCAGAUAUUUUGUGAGGAGGCUUAACCUCUGCCUGGCAUUUUGUGGGGCAGGAGAGGGGAGGGCAAAAGUAUUAAAUUUAGGUUUAAAAGCUCCUCAGAAAUUCUUUACACACAAGAGACCAAGUUGGAGAAAAGAUGAUUGGUGCCAAGGGGAAGAAAAAGAGAGGCUAAUACCUGUGGUUUUCAAAGGUUAACAACAAAAAAAGCCCCAGUAUUUGCACGGGGAUGAGUGCUUAUUGGCCCUUCGCCAACAAUUAUACAAGGGCUUGUGCCCACAUCCUGUAGCUGUGGUUUAGGGACGCUGCUCAUGAGUGACUUCUUAUGCUUAGAGGCAGGAAACUUUAGUCACUGAUGUGUAAACUCACCUCUGGUCUGCACCUCCCUCAAUGUGCUCCUUGCUGUGAAGGCGGUUAGGGGGCCAGGUCUCCUGAUUUCCUUGGAGAUUCCAGUCCCUUAGAGGCUAAGGAAGUGCUCCCUUUGUGGCCUUGGGAGUAAUAGUGACUCUAUCAAUACUUAUUUCAUUUGAUUGUUGCAAUCCCUUAGGACAGUUCUGUGGCCACAAAGAGGAAUUACGAUAUCCUUUGCUAAACCCAUUUAGCCUCAAAACCCAAGACAGAAAAAAAUGUGAGCUGUAAUGUGAUUCAUGUCAGAGCUGCAACCAUUGUGAAAUAUGAGAGGCAAAGACAUGAGGUUACUCCUGAGUCUAGAUCUUGUGCCUGAUGAACUAUUUUAUACUCAGUUAUAAAAAGUUCUUCACAUCUCACAGGUCUCCUUUAUAGUGAAUGUACAAGAAACUGCUCAAAAAGCAGGUGGCGAAUAUCUGGUAAUGCUGACAUUAGUUUCUAAAACCUCCAAUUUCCUACUUCUGGUCCACUGUUUUUUCCAUUUACCUCCAUUCCCAGAGAGACACAUGUCAUCUAAAUCAGUGUGUCAUAGCUGCUGGGUCAAUUUGAGGAGAGAGCAGAAGAGGCCCAGUUUAAGGAACUCCUGUGUGUUCAGAUAUGUAUGAGAUAUCCUGAUGAUACACUACCACUGGAAUAUAUAUUGGGAUCAAGCUCUCUGAACCACCUUCUUGCUCACAUCCUGUCCACAAUGUCUUACUACAUGUGUCUCAGAAAUUCCUCUUCCUUCCUUUCACAUUCUCUGCUCACUCUUCAUGGAUUUAUCUGAACUAAGAUUAGAAGAGAUCUUAAAGGUCAUCUAGUUUAGCCUGCUACCUAUUACAGGAAUGUGCUCCACCAAACAGCCAAUAUAGGCUCAGCUUCUGCAAAAACAUCCAAAGGUCAAAGGCUCCCCUGCUUCCUACAGUAGCUAUUUCUACUGCCAAACAUCUACGGCAAGGGGAAGAAUUUUCUGACUAUUGUAUCCAGACAGUCCUCCCUGGAAAUUUAUCUAUAUUUAUUCCAAGAUCUUCCUUUGAGAUUAUCCAGAAUAAAUUUUUUAUUUCAUAUGGUUAUAUGUUAAAUAAAAGCAGCUAACCAGUGCUUUGCCAACAAAGUGGUUUUAUUUAUUUAUCUAUUGACAUGAAAACCCCAGUUACCACAGCCAUUCUUUGUGUGAUGCAUUAUCCAGCACUCCUGUACUGAACUUGCUUGAGGCACCCUUUGUCCAGUGAAUAGUUCUUGUAAAAUAUUUCAUUCAAUAAUGGCAAGGCAGUUCAUAUAUAGGCUGUCUGGUGCAGGUUAGAGUGUAGUUCUUCUUCAUUUGCCAAUAUAUUGUUAGUGAA